GUGAAGUUUGUGAAAUGUGAAGUUUGAACUACGCUUAUUUUUGUUGUGAUAUUGAUAAAUGUUAUUUGUGUUUAGGAGUUAGUAAAAGUAGUGAUUUAUAUAAUCUUUAGCAAUUAUAAUCAUAAUCAUUAAAGAUUUAGAGUAAGCUCUACAAUAUGACGACUGCUGCUAGGCCAACAUUUGAUCCAGCUCGAGGUGGUCAAGGACGUGGUGAAAAAGAUUUAAGUGCAAUAUCACGUCAAUAUUCUAGUCGGGAUCUCCCAGGACAUACUAAAUUAAAAUAUAGAGAACAAGGCCAAGGCACUACUGAGGAACUUCGUUCACGAGACUUCCGUAAAGAGUUAGAUGAGAGGGAAAAAGAAAGCAAAGCACCUAUAGCCAGAAGACAAAAUGAGCCUCCUGUAAAAAGGUUAAAAAUAGAUCAAGUUCCAGCAGCAAGUUUAGAUGCAGAUGAUCCAUUAGAAGGCGAUUCUACAGAUUCUGAUGACUCUGAUGAUGACACUGCAGCUUUGUUAGCAGAGUUAAAUAAAAUAAAGAAGGAACGGGCAAUAGAACAGGCAAAAAAGGAUGCUGAAAAGAAACAAGAAGAAGAGAGAAUUCGAAUGGAAAAUAUACUUUCAGGAAAUCCAUUAUUAAACUACUCAGCGGCUGGACAGAAAAAUGAUUUAAAGGUUAAAAGACGAUGGGAUGAUGAUGUUGUGUUCAAAAAUUGUGCCCGUUCCGAGCCAGAAAAAAAAUUAAAUACAUUCAUAAAUGAUUCCUUAAGGUCAGAGUUUCACAAAAAGUUCAUGGAAAAGUAUGUAAAGUAGACUUUAUUUUAUUAUAAAAAGCCUUAUUUCAUUGUCAUUUUAACUAUAGCUGUGAAAAAAUUUAAUAAUUUAAUAUAACUUUUAAAAUUACUUUUAAAAGUUAUAGUAAUAAAAAUAAUUCUUGAAUUUGUUUUUGUUUUAUUUUGGUUUACUACACUAUUUGUUAUAAUUUUAUAAUUCAAAUAGGAAGAGUCCUGUAGUAGUUUCAACAGUGGUAGAGCUAUGCGGCAGCUUCUGCUGUUGCACGGAUGGGCUGGCUCGAACUGGGAAAGUACCACGAUCUCACAGAAUACUAACGUGAAGUAGAAGCUUUGCUUCUGCGUUUCGCUUGGUUAGUGCAGGUGGGUGGAGGCCCCCCCCUACCAACACUUCUUUGUGCCCUGUACUGGAGUUUUUGCGUAUACGUCAGAGAGGAUAUGUGUUCUCGACACCUCGGCAGUCUUGAAGAUACGGAUCUGUCCAUCCUUUGGCUGCGCGUAGACAGCGACGACCAUCCCCGCGUCUACAGGUGCCUCCAUAGGUCCCAUAGCGGUAAUGUCUACACAAACCGACUUAUCGACCACAUCCAAACGGCUACAAUUUCUUGUUACAACAGGUCCCAUCUGUAGACAUCAUGAUACUUGGCGAUUUUAACGCUCACCACGCCGAUUGGCAUAUGGUCUGACACAAUGGCUCCAUGGCGCAGUGGCUUAGCAAUUACUUGCUGCGUUUGGGGCCGCGGGUUUUUAAUCCCGCACGGAACAAGUAUUUCUAUGGCCUACAAAUAAUUGUUCUGGGUCUGGAUGCAUGUCCUUGAGCAAUUUGUGUUUGUAAACUGCCUUCACGAUACAGGAGAAAAUCCUAGUGUGGAGGUAACGUAUUAUAUUU